AUGUCGGGAUCAUUUUGGAAAUUUAGUAAUGGAUUCACUUCAGUAUCCAAUGUAUCCACUUUAAUAGAGAAUUACCAAAUAAAUGGUGAUGGCAAUAAAUUGAAUGUUCUAAUGAAAUUAAUGGACGAAGAUGAUUUGUUACAGGAGUUAGUAUCCAACAAUUCAGCAUUAUUAGAGUUUUUAAGGGAUGAUGAGAUAUUAGAUAUAUUAUUUGAUUUAGUUAUUAAAGAAGGAUUGUUGGAAGAUUUAAUAGGAGAUGUGUCGAAGUUAGAUAUCAAAGAUGAAGAUGAAGAUAAUGAAAAAGACGACACGGACAAAAAGGCCGAAGACAAGGAUGACGAUAAGGAUAUUGAUCAAGAUGAUGAAGAUAAAAUUGAUGAUGACAAAGAUGACAAAGACGACAAAGAUGAUGAAUCAGAUAAUGAGAAAAAUGAUGAACUGGAUGACGAAACUGAUGAAGAAAGGAAUAGUCGUCGAGCUACCAUAGCGACGGAGAUUUUAAGUGCGGACGUUUGGUCUUUAACUGAUACUGUUAUGGAAUCAACAACUAAUCUUAAUAAAUUAUGGAAUGUUCUUGAUAAUCCAACACCUUUAAGUAUUAACUUAUCAACAUAUUUCAUGAAGAUUAUGGAACAUUUAUUGGAUAUGAAAUGUGAUGAGAUGAUUCAAUAUCUCAUCGAAAACCAAAGCAAUUUAGUUGAUAAGUUCGUUAACCAUUUAUCUAAUCAUCCAUUAACAGAUUUUCUUUUGAAAUUGAUCAGUACUGAUAAACCUGAUAAUAGUACUGGAAUAAUUGAUUUCUUCCAAAAUCAACAAUUAAUACCGAAAUUAAUAGAAAGUCUUAAUCCUAAAGAAGGUGACUCAGCUAUGGUAGAACAAACUGCAGCUGCUGAUUGUUUAAAAGCAUUAAUCACUAUAUCUGCUAAUUCCACCACUGAUAAUUCAACCAUUGGACCUAAUGAAUUAACUAGAGAAUUGGUUUCUUAUGAAAUGAUGAGUAAAUUAUGUGAUAUAAUGGAAAAAGGUGGUUAUGCUUUAUCUAAUGGUGUAGGUAUUAUCAUUGAAAUAAUCAGAAAAAACAAUAGUGAUUAUGAUAUAUUACCUAUCUUAUAUAUUACAUUAGAAUCACAUCCUCCAACAGGUAGAGAUCCUAUCUAUUUAGGAUAUCUUUUAAAAGUUUUCAGUGAACGUAUUGGUAAAUUUAAUUUGAUGUUGAGUAGUGGCCGUACCAGUUCUGUUACACCUACUAAAUUAGUUACCAGUUUAGGACAAAUUGAACCAUUAGGAUUCGAAAGGUUCAAAGUUUGUGAAUUAAUAGCUGAACUUUUACAUUGUUCCAACAUGGCAUUAUUGAAUGAUAAUAAAGGAUUUGAAGUAGUCAAAGAACGUAACGAAUUAAGAGAAAAAAUGAAAGCUUAUGAUCCAAUUAGCUUCAAAUAUAACGAAGUUAUCAUUUUACCUGAAGAUAAGGAAAAAUUCGAUAAAGAUCAUGAUUUUAAUGAUACUAUUGAUUCUUUCAAUUUAAAAGAUGAUUCAGUUUUGCAUAAUUAUGAUGAUGAACCUCAUGAAAAUGCUAAUUUAUCUGAAGAAGAAAUUAGAGCUAAUCCAGUAUUAGGAGAUCAAUGGAAAAUCUCUCUUUAUGACACAGAAAUCAUUAAUAAUAUCUUAGAAAUGUUUUUCAAAUUCCCUUGGAAUAAUUUCUUACAUAACGUUGUUUUUGAUAUUGUUCAACAAGUAUUAAAUGGAUCCAUGGAUAUUGGAUUUAAUAAAUUCUUAUCUAUUGAUUUAUUUGAUCGUGGUGAUAUCACCAACAAAAUCAUUAAAGGUCAAAAAUUAUGUGAUGUUUUCGAAAAGGAAAACCAUGGUUUGAGAUUAGGAUACAUGGGACACUUAACUUUGAUAGCUGAAGAAGUUGUUAAAUUCAUUCAAUCAUAUCCUACUAAUACUUUGAGUGAAGUCAUUGAUGAAAAAAUCAAUGAAGAAGCUUGGGAAGAGUAUGUUUCUAAUAUCUUGUAUGAUACUAGAGAAAAAUAUAAUGCUAUAUUAGGAGGAGGUGAUGAAGAUGAUGAAGAUGAUGAAGAUGAUAAUAUCCUGAAUACUUUUGAUGAACUGUCAGGAGAAGUUAUCGAAGAAAGUGAUUAUAAAUCUGGAUUUCUUUUUGAAGACAAGAAGGAUGAAGAUGAUGAUCAUUUUUCAAACUAUAUGACUCAAGAACUUGUUAAUCCUGAAUUGCCUGAUAAGAGUGAUGAAGAAAUUAGCAGUAGUGAUGAAGAUGAUGAACCUCGUAAUGAUUAUAUUGAUCCUAAUGAUGAUGGCAAUAGUUAUAAGAAAUUUAACCCUUUGUAUGAUGAAAAUGGUACAUUAAUAAGUGAAAAAGGAGAGUUAAGUGAUAGUGAUGAAGAGGAAGGUGAUGAAGAUGAAGAAGAAGAAGAAAAGACUUUAACUCGAUCUAAUAGUAAAAGUUGA